AUGGGAGAGACCGUCAUCUCUGGAAAUCCGAUCUCUUCGAAACCCAAAAAGAAGAAUCAUAAAAAGAAAAACAACAAACCAAAGGUAUCGGGUGAUACUAACCAUCAAGUAUCGCUUGAAACUACGUUUCAUGUGGACGACAACUUUGAUGAUUGGCAAUCUCAGUCUAAGCCGAAAAAGCCUAGAGCAAAGGUGAAUGGAGAGAUAUUGAACGGGUCUUCAGCUUCUGCAUCUUUAAAUGGCGCUCCUGCAAUCUCACUUCCUGCCUCUGUUCCCCAAAAGCUGAAAAAAUCUAAUAAUAAUGGUCCCGAGCAACCAGAAAAAUACGAAAUUAGGACAACUGUAAAUAAGACUGUUAAUAGGGAGAAAGUUGCUCCACCAUUGAAACCUGCUCCUGCACAACAAGAGAAGCAGAGUGAGCCUGUGAAACUAAUGCCUACUGCUGAAGAAACGCCUGUUUCUGCUGCUUCAUUGACGAAGCAGCAGUCGAAACGAACAUCUCCCGCGACUAAGGAUGCGUCUGUUUUGUUCGACUAUGUGCGACAUUUGGAGCAUUCUCUCGCUGUUAGCUGUGACAGCGCCGCCGUUGAAGCUGUCCGCGCCGCUCAUCCAAACCUCAAUUUCUCCCACCCGGUGCCCGAUUCCUCCUCAUCCUCCUAUCAAAUCCCCGAAAUCUCCGAAAAUCCAACAAAAUCGGAAAUCGCCAACUUUAAGGCCUUACUACUUGCCAAACAAAGCGAGGUUUUUUUUUACAAGAAUAUGUUGGAAAACCAGCGUCAACCAGUGUCAAAACUGCCCUUUAUUGAAGAAAAGAAAUCUGCGUGUAUAAAGAAACCUAAAGAAGUGGCAUCAAAGUACACCCAAUGUGAGAACUUUGAAGCUCCUCAGCAAGUCCCUGCAUCUCCUCCUGCACCACCUCACUCCUCAACACAAGCGACCAUCGAAAAGAGUCUCCUCAAUCAAAUCCUUCUCCUCUCCGAUGAAAGUACCCGCUUCAAGCAGCGCUGCGACAUAGCGAACAGGGACGUUGAGGAAUUGAAAAAGGAGUGUGCCAGACUCGAAGUGGAAUGCAAAAAAAUUAGGACAAAGACCGCGAAAGAAACUAAAGAACUAGUAAAGAAAGAGUCUGAUGCUCUUAUCAAGAAACUUCGAGAUGAGAUUGCCGAAAAAGACGCUCAAUUAAUCGCAAAAUCGGCACAAAAUGGAGCCCUCCAAGCUCAACUGGAGUCCUUGGAAGACACAGUCAGUCACCUUAAACAAUCCGAACAGGCCUCAAUGACCCGAUUGGUGGAGUUGGAAGUGUCGCUAAAGAAUUUGAUUGCUGAGAAGGAGACUCUGCUGUUGGCGAAAGACGAAUUAACAAAGACAGCGGAGAAAGUCACCUCCGAGAUGUCCUGGUUUAAGCACGAAUUGACCGUGAAAGAAAAUGAAUUAGCUCAAACUAAGGACGAGUGCUCCCACCUUCUGACUGAGCUGGAGACCACCAAAGUUAAAUUGGAGACAGUCUCCCUUGCCCAUCAAAUGGCCGAAAAAGAAAUAUGCACCGGCGGUGAAACAAUUGAGCACAUGAAGGGUAAAAUCACUGCCUUGGAGUCGGAUCUUUCGGCCAGGACAGAGGAACUCUCCGUUGCUAGGGCCGAGGUUGUUGCCAAGCAGGCGGAAUUUGAUCAAAUCAAAGAGGCUUUGGAUCAAAAGUCAUCGGAGUUGAUGUCUAUUCAAGAGGAACUAGCAAAGGUUAAGGAACCAAAAGGCCAGGAAGUUGUCCUUGAAAAUGAUGUCCCUGCUGGUUGUCAGAAUUGUGUUGUGCUGGAGGAUGCAAAUUUCGAAUUGAAGAACACUUUGGUUAAUACACGAGAAGAGCUUCAAUGUCUUCAAAAAAGCCUGGAGAAGGAGAGCAAGCAGUAA